UUGAAAUGUCAUUUAUGAAAACUAUUAGGUUAGGUUAAAUCUAUUUUGGUACAAAUUAGACUAUUUUUAAUAACUAUGUAUGUAAAAAGGUAGUUGAAUCUGAAAAAAAAUGUCACAGAUAAUGUUUAUUAUAGCGGCCGCGCAUCUAGUCUACUGCCCAUUUACAAAAGUCGAGGAAAGUUUCAACUUGCAAGCCAUCCAUGAUAUUCUAUAUCACAGGUUUAAUCUGUCCGAGUACGACCAUCACGAAUUCCCCGGCGUAGUGCCCCGAACAUUUAUAGGACCACUUUUCAUUUCAGUACUAGCUGCACCGUUUGUUGCGCUUUUUCAAUUUUUAGAUGUGAACAAAUUCUGGGCCCAGUACUUAGUUAGAACAAUCAUCGCGUCCUGUGUGGUAGGAAGUUUUUAUGUUUUGACUAAAACAUUAGAGAAACAAUUUGGAACGAGAUGGCUGCAGUGGUUCAUAGCGAUUACAGUUACCCAGAGUCAUUUCAUGUUUUAUUUAAGCCGUCCACUGCCAAAUAUUUUUGCUUUACCAUUAGUUCUUUUAGCAUUAGAGGGAUGGAUAAGAAAUAACUCAAAAUGUUUCAUCCUGUGUUCAGGAGCAGCAAUUAUAAUUUUCAGAGCCGAACUAGCUUUAUUCCUUGGUAUUCUUUUACUCUAUGAUCUCUACUGCAGAAGAAUAACAUUAAAACGAUUAUUCCAGAUUGGCAUUCCUGGUGGAAUAGCUUUCUUGGUGCUGUCUGUGGUUAUCGAUUCGAUAUUCUGGAAUCGGCCUUUAUGGCCAGAAGGGGAAGUUUUGUGGUAUAACACAGUUUUAAAUAAGAGUUCCGACUGGGGCACCUCUCCUUUUUUGUGGUACUUUUAUUCUGCAAUCCCUCGUGGAAUGGCUGCAUCAGUAUUUUUAAUGCCCAUAGGCAUCUAUCUUGAUGAAAGAGUACGAAAAUUGGUUAUACCAGCACUGCUAUUUGUCUUCUUCUAUUCUUUUUUACCCCACAAGGAACUGCGGUUCAUCAUUUACAUAUUCCCUUUUUUGAAUACAGCUGCAGCUUCCACCUGUCAUAGAAUAUGGGAAAAUAGAAAUAAGACUCCCAUUUUCCAUUUUCUCUCAUUGGGAGUAGCCGGACAUUUGGCCAUUAAUGUCUUGUUCACUCUUUUCCUUCUAAGCAUAUCUGGUACCAAUUACCCUGGCGGCACAGCAAUUUCCCACCUGCAUAGACUAGCCAAAGAUGAACCAAUUGUUAAAGUGCAUAUAUCGAAUUUGGCAGCUCAAACUGGUGUUUCACGUUUCACUCAAAUCAAUAGCAACUGGACUUAUAGUAAAACUGAAAAUCUACAUCCGGGAGAUUGGGAAAUGUACCAGUAUACACAUCUAAUAGCAGAAGCAAAAAGCAAGUUUUCCACAAAUUUAAAACCUUAUGCAGCAACACAUGAUAUCAUCGACACCAUAGAAGCCUUCCAUCAGCUAUCAUUUAACUAUUUCACUAUUCCUCCAGUAAAAAUAAAGACAAAACCUGUUCUUUUCAUUUUAAGACGAAGAGAAAACUAUAAGGAACUCCUUCAAAUAUCCCAGGAAAGUGUUGAAGAUGAUUAUGUUGAAGAGAAUGAUCUAUCCGAUGAAAAGCGAUCAAAAACUAUGGAGAAAAUGGAAACUUACAGUUCAACUGAGGAACAAGAAAGCCUUGAAGAGGAAGAGAUAGAGCUGAGAACAGUAGAUUAUACCAAAAUAGAUUCCAAAGAAGCUUCAGAACAGAUAGGUGAAGAAAAUGGAAAAGUUGCUUAUAAUGUAGAAGAAACUGCAGAUAAUGAAAGUGUGGAAAAUGAUACUGAGAUCUCAGAAGAAGCUAAUGAAACAUUUGUAGAGAAAAGAAAGGAUGUCAAAAUUAUUAAGAAACAAAAAUUAGAUGCUGAAGUAGAAGAAAAAAGAUCAUCUAAGUUGUCUAAAAAAUCAAAACAUUUAGAAGAUAAAAAAGAAUCAGCGAAAAAUUAUGAAGAGGAGAAAGAAGCAGAAGAAAAUUUGCCGAGGUCCAAAAAACUUAAAAGUAAAGAAAUAUCAAUGCCAAAAUCAUCAAAAGUAAAUUUGGAAAAACUAGAAGACGAUAGUACAAAAGAACCUUUCAAAAAAUUUAAAGUACCAGUAAAGUCUGAAGAGAAAAAGGCUUUGCCAAAGUUAUUUAAAAGAAAUGUUGAACAAAAAAAGUUAAAAGGGAUUGAUACUGUUGAAGAACUAGAAGAGUCUAUUAAAAAAUCAGUAAAAGAAGGUAGACCUGAAGUUCUAAAAUCAUUUAAGAGGAAAGAUGAAGAACUAAUUAAAGAACUUGAUAAGCCUCUUCUUAAGCCAGUGGUUAAACAGGUUAAACAAAUGACUAGUUUGGCAUUACCAAAAAAAGGUGCGGAAAACAGGCAAAAUGUUAAACAAAACAUAAGAAAGAUUAUACAUAAAUUUAAGAGAAAGCAUAUGGACGAAGAGUUUUCUUCUCAGCCCAAAGAAGGUGUUCAUACUAAAGAGGCUAUCAAAAAGAUCAUUGUAGAAGAACGGUCAAAGCAAGAGAGGGAUGAAAUAAACAAAAUCCAACAGCAGAUUAUGGAGAUCAUAGAAAGCAACCCUAACAUUAUAAAUAAAGAGUUGAUUAAGUCCAAACUCCAAGAAACUAUCAUAAAUGAAUUGGUGAAUGCUAUUGACCAUAAAAUUCAAGAAACAGAGACCAAAACAAGACAAAUUGAUGAAAUAAAAAAAACAAGAGAGUUGCCAAGGAAAGUACCUGAAGUAUUGAAGACUGUUGAGGUGGAUAAACUUUCUCCAUUGAAGGACCUGAAACAUGAAUUAUCCAAGGAAGAACCUACCUCAAAGAUAAGUGUGGAAGAAUAUAAUAAGAGCGAUGAGGAUUAUGAACCAGGAGAAGUAAAUGGUGCCAUAAAUAUUUACAACUCUAAGAGCACUUCAGAAGACAAAUCAGAGGAAGGAUUACAGAAAACUAGCACACCUGAUGAAGAACAUAUCUUUGAUGAAGAAAAAUUGGCUUUUAUAAAAAGAUUCAAGAAAGCCAAUGAAAAAUUGGAUAAUAUCCUGACAAUCAUCGAUGAGAUCGUCGACACUAUUGAAAUUACUGACGAAGACGACGAAGAUAGUUUUAGAUAAUAUUUUUCGUGUGCAAUAUUUGUUAAUAUUUUGAAAUAAAUAUUUUAUUGUUUUUA